AUGAGUAUUAUUAAUGUCAUUAAGAACAGAAGUCCAUCUUCUUGUUUAAGAGAUGAGCAACAAUCAAUUGAUAAUGAUCAAUUAAGUUCAAGUCCAACUGAUUUAUCUUACGAUCAACAAGGACAACAACAACAACAAUUCUCAUUAAAGAAAUCCAAUUCAUUUCCAAUUCAAUCAAAUCUACCGAAUAUGUUUAAUAACUUACGUACAAAUGAGGAAUCAUCAUCUAUACCUCCAAAGCAUCAACAGCAACAAUCUUCAAGUAAAAGCUUCAUCAAGAAAUUACUUCAUAUAAAUAACAAAGAUGAUAUUCCCCUGACAACCAAUGGCCCACCAUCCACCAAGAGUCUGCUGCUGCUGCUAACACGAAAACUCCAACGAGGAGCUCCAUUCAUGUUUCAUUCCCUCUCGGAAGAAAUAACCAAUGAUCAAACCAGAUUACAUCCUCAAUUAUCAAAACUGAUUGGUCAUAUCAAAAUCCCGUCAAUAUUCAUUAAAGGUGGUAUGUCAUUAUUAAAAGUAUCUCAUAAAUCACGAAAAAGAAUCUUAUUCUAUAUAGAUCCUUCAAGUUUUAAAUUCACUUGGAAAGUAUCCACCAAUCUGUCGCCCAUGGUGCCAAGUAAUCCAACAACAGUAGCAGCAGUCCCCGGAAUUGUACUUCCAGCAGCAACCCCGACAAUAACGACAACCGGUGGAGGAAGAUUAUCAAUCUCAAGUGGAUCAUCAAGAACUUAUGAAUUCACUCUUGAUGAUAUAAAAUCAAUCUAUAUGACAAAAGAUGCAAGUAGUUAUCGAGAAGAAUUGAAUAUUUCAAAAGAAUUUGAAAGUAAAUGGAUAACUAUUAUCUAUUAUAAUUUAAAAAAGAAGAAAUUAAAGACAAUUCAUUUAAUAACUGAUCUGAUUCAUGAUUUUAAGAAAUUUAGUUCAGUUUUAAAUAAUUUGAAACUGUUACGCGAUGUUUUGUCAAAAGAGUUUUUAAUCAAUUUGAAUGAUUUAGAUGAGAAUCAGAGACUGGCUUUAUUGGAUGGGAAUGAAGGUUCAGGGGAUGGAUACGAUGUGGGGGAUGAUGAUGAGGAUGAGGGGAAACAAGUUAGGGAAUUUCUUUCAUUUGAUGAUAUUUUGAAAUAUGCUAAACGAUUGAAUAUUAAUAUAAAUAGAAAUCGAUUACAAUCUAUAUUUGAUCAUGUUUGUCGAAAUGUAAUCACCGCCCCGAAUUCAAACAUAUUCGAAAAAGGAUUAAAUUUUGAACAAUUUAAAUUAUUUAUUUCAUAUUUAAAACGACGGGAUGAUAUACAACAAAUAUGGAGUAACCUCAUUGGACCCAAUAACGAAUUCAUGACUUUCGAAACAUUCAAGCAUUUCAUACUUAAUAUCCAACAAGAAACACUAGAUCCAGAUUAUAUCCUAAAAAUAUUCAAUAAAUUCAGUCAUGACAACCAUCACCUAUCAAUCGAAGGAUUCAACAACUAUCUUCUCUCCAAAUACUGUCAACCCUUGAAAAGUCUCGAAACCUCCACCGACACAUAUUUCUCCCACCCCAUGAAUGAAUACUACAUCUCCUCAUCCCAUAACACCUACCUCAUCGGAAGACAAGUCGUGGGAGACUCCUCGGUUGACGGAUAUAUCCGGGCCCUACAGCGUGGAUGUCGGUGUCUAGAAAUUGAUAUUUGGGAUGGCCCAUCAUCAUCAACGUCAGAUGAAGAUUCUGAGAAUAAUAGUGAACCAGUUGUGAAUCAUGGAAGAACGUUCACGACUCUGAUUAGGUUUGAUAAUGUGAUUAGAACAAUCAAGAAAUUCGCGUUUGUACUUACUCCCUUCCCGGUGAUUUUGAGUCUUGAGAUUCAUUGUUCGAUUGGAAAUCAGAUUAAAGUUGUGAAUAUCUUACGGGAGAUUUUGGGACUGGAUAUGAUUACGAGUCCGGUGGAUGAUAGUAAUACAUUACCGAGUCCCCUGAUGUUGAGAUAUAAGUUUCUUAUCAAGGUGAAGAAAACCAGUCCAUUUGAGAAGCUUAUCGAGAUGGAAAAUGGGAGUUUUACCAGUGCAACUACAACCGCCACAACUACUACUACAACAUCAUUCAGUGAAGAUAACGCCAGCACAUCAACCUCGAUCCCAUUCAUGCGGAAAACCAAUAAGGUCACAAAAAUCUCAAAUGAAUUAUCGGAUCUAGGAAUCUAUGUCCAAGGAAUCAAAUUCCGGAAUUUCUCCCUUCCAGAAUCCAAAACCUACAAUCAUGUCUUUUCAAUCUCGGAAAAAUCAAUGAAUAAUAUGAUAAAAACCCCGGAGAAACAAGUGGCAAUCGAUAAACAUAAUCGAAAAUAUUUCAUGAGGAUCUAUCCCUCAAAAAUCCGCCUAAAAUCAUCGAAUUUCAUCCCCGUGAAUUAUUGGAAAUGUGGUGUGCAGAUGGUGGCGACGAAUUGGCAGACUUAUGAUUUGGGACAACAGUUGAAUGAAGCUUUGUUUGACGGGGUGGAUCGGAAGGGGUUUGUCCUCAAGCCUGAUUCACUUCGGAAACCAUUGAUUAGAACCACGACGAGUCGGAGUAAGAAACAGGUGGUGAAGACUUCGCCGAUGAUGGUUGAGUUUGAGAUUGAGAUUAUUAGUGCUCAUCAAUUGCCGAAGAAGGAUAAUAAUGAUACUAAUGAGAGUGGAGGGAUAAUUAAUCCAUAUGUAUGUCUUGAGUUCAUUGGUGGGAAUUCUAUUGAGUGGACAGGUGAAAGUGGUGGUGGAAAGAUGAAGGGUAAGACGAAUGUUGUGAAGGAGAAUGGGUUUAAUCCGAUUUGGAAUCAUAAAUUCCUGGGGAAAGUUCAUGUUGGUGAUGAUUAUGAUUUAUUGUUUGUUAAGUUUAUGAUAUGUAAUGAUAAUGGAGCACAGGGAGGAAGUGGAAAUGGUGGGAAUAAUGGAGGGACAGAUGGUGGUAGCGGAGGAGGAGAGGAAGGUAGUCCGAUUGGAUUGUUGGUUAGUAAAUUGUCAUAUCUUAAUCAAGGAUAUCGAUAUCUUCCUAUUAAUGAUUUGUUUGGUGAACAAUUAGUUUAUUCAUCUUUAUUCGUUAAGAUUAAUUAUAAGUAUUAUCAUCAUUCAGCAUAG